UAUUGCUCGAAGCGGCCAACAGGUACCAUCGUUUGUGUGACGAUAGAAGCCUCUAGAUUGCGUUUCGAAUCUAAAGUUCGUGCUCAAAUCGACCGUUCCGUCCGUGCUGUAUCGUGUGAAAAUAACGACCAGCCUAGCUAGCUUCCGUGUGUGUUUUGGUAGCGGUUUGCUUGACGACCAGGAAGAAUAGAGCUACCGCCGCGUCGAACCGCGAUUUAACGUGGUACCACUAAGUAUCGCAUUGUUUUAAACGUAAAUUAAAAUCAAAGGCCAGAAAUCACGGCUCCAGUGCAGAUACUUGCAUUAACAGCAUGAAAACUGGAAUUGGGAGGAAGUCUAUGCUUGCUCCUUUGUUUUAUUGAUUUCAUAGCUAAAACUAUACAAAAGAAGUUUGUGCCAAGAAAAAUGAAUUGACAUUGUGUGUAUAUACCUUAUUUCGUUUUUCAAUCAUUGAGUGAGUUGUUGAUUUACGAAUGGGUUAAUCCAGAUAAAGCCGCAUACGUAGGGGAAGUAAAAAUAGGAGAGCUGCAAGUUAGACUCUGCCUCGCACAACGUAUGAAUGAAAAAACAGGCUUGCGAAGGUGGUAACUUCAGCGCUGAAAGAACGUCAGUCGAUUUCGUGUGAGAACCGUUUGUGAAUGUUGUGCAGAGUUAACCGCACGCCGUGUCGAAAUAAAUUGGAAAGUUAUGUACUACCUGCUGCGAAAGCUGUGACAAAGUAUCCAAUGCAUUUUCGUUGUAAAGUGUACAAGUGUUCGAAAGGAAUUUAGCAGCUGAACACCGCACUGAGUAGACUAACAAUUAGAACCUGACACAAGUAAAGCAGUAGAAUUGUUACGGAUUACGCGUUGGAAGCAACGACAAAGAGGCUGAAUUAUUGCCCCAAAUCUGAAUAAUGAGAAGGAGUUCCCUGAAGAGUGCGCGGAAGGACUUUUUCAAAUCGAUGUCCGAUCUGACCGAACCGGGUAGCACGGUUGCUGCAACUAUCGGUCCACCUACGCCUCCAACACGCGUCGGCCAGUCGCUGUUCAACGUAAAUGCAUCAUCAACGACGGCAGGCACCGUCACCGCGGGAACGACUUCCACGAUGGCUGCCACCGCGCAAGAGCUCCUGAACAGCAGCAGCUCCAGCAGCAAAAGCUCAAAGGUGUCCUCCUCAUCUAGUACUACCACGUCACGAAUGGCCAAAACCUCCUCGACCCAGCGGCUGCAGCACAUGUCUUCCUCCCUCACAUCGUCGUCCUCCACGUCGUCGUCGUCGGCCACUUCGUCGGCGGCCGCGGUCAAACAGGGCCUCGGCGAAAUGCAAAACUCGAUGGCCGAAAUGAAGAACAUGAUGGGUCACACGAGUGCCUCCCAGAUUUCCACCUCAUCAUCGUCCAUGAUGUCAUCGUCAUCGUCAUCGAGCCAGAUGAAGAAGCUGGCCAUCACCAACAGUUCGUCCAAUUUGGGCGAACUGCAAAAAAGACUCCGAUCCUCGAUGGACAGCCUGGAUGACCCUAGUUCAGACUACCAAGUGACGCAUCCCGAUUCGGACGGAGAAAUGAACUCCAUGCUGAUGAUGAAACCAACUGGAAGUCUGCAGAAUGGUCACGUGAUGAAUGGAGCCGUUGACACGGUGAAGUUCGAACAGAAACAGAUGACAUCCGAAUCGAAGACCAAGGUGGUUACGGACGGUUUCAGCAGUGAACAAGCGACGCUGAACUCGGCUCAAAUGAAAAAGCUCCAUGCAGGCGACGUGCAGUACCAGGAGGAAGCCGCUCUAGCGGCAAUGAGCAAUAAGAUGGAAGUGGACGGACUCAAAACGGAGGAAAAGGGCGCUUUGUUGAAGGAAGCACGAUCUCUAAAAAUGGGUGACUUUCAGCAAGCCGAAGCCAAUAAUAUUGCAGCGCAUAGCGUCAAAGUGCAGAGCGAUCACUUCAGUGCGGAGAAGAAGGCCGUAGCACAGGCACAGCAACGGCAGACAGUGUCAUCGACUGGAAUAUUCAAUCAGGAGAAGCACGUAUCAGCAGCUACACAGUCCAAGUUCACGUCCCACAGUAUGGUAACGUCGUCUUCGCAAAUGAGCACCCAUUCCACGUCGAUGAACGGUACUAUGGGCCUUGGUGACGAAUUUCCGUCGUUCGAAGAUCUGGAGCGGCUGGGAAGCAAUCCGGCCGAAAUCGAAGGUACUAUCCACAAGUACUCGAAUCACCUUACGACAUACGUUGAAAACCUACAGCAUUCGGAGCAAAUGAAAAAAGCACCAAAUUUACUAAACACGAUGAAUGAGAUCAUACGACGUGCCUGGGCUGUACCAACUCAUGGCCAUGAAUUGGGAGCUAGCCUGUGUGAAACUUUGCGCAAAACAGGAGGACUCGAUAUCCUAAUGAAAAACUGCGUCGACAGUGACUCCGAUGUUCAGUUUUCCUCGGCCCGACUGUUGGAACAGUGUUUGACCACAGAGAAUCGCUCCCACGUGGUGAAAAAUGGGCUCGACAAAGUGGUUAACGUUGCCUGUGUGUGCACGAGAAACAAUGCAACUGACCAUUCCCGGGUUGGAACGGGAAUCCUGGAGCACUUGUUUAAGCACAAUGAAGAUACCUGUUCAAAUGUGAUUAGGCUGGGUGGUUUAGAUGCGGUAUUGUUCGAGUGCAGAAAGAAUGAUGUAGAAACAUUGAGGCAUUGUGCUGGAGCAUUGGCAAAUUUAUCGCUAUACGGUGGAGCGGAGAACCAAGAAGCUAUGAUAAACCGUAAGGUUCCAUCGUGGUUAUUCCCACUAGCAUUUCACCACGACGAAAACAUUAAGUACUAUGCUUGCCUAGCUAUUGUAGUGCUCGUAGCAAACAAAGAAAUAGAAGCCGAAGUAAUCAAAUCCGGCACGCUAAAUCUUGUGGAACCGUUUGUCACUUCUCACAAUCCGUCCGAGUUUGCCAAAUCCAAUUUGGCUCAUGCUCACGGUCAGAGCAAACAUUGGUUAGAGAGACUUGUACCGGUACUAAGCUCGAAACGGGAAGAAGCGCGUAACCUGGCGGCAUUCCAUUUCUGCAUGGAGGCGGGUAUCAAGAAAGAGCAAGGAAACACAAAUAUUUUCAAAGAAAUCGGGGCCAUCGAACCGUUGAUUCGGGUGGCUAGCUCGCCAAAUGCAAUCGCAUCGAAGUUCGCAGCCCAGGCCUUACGGCUUAUCGGUGAAGAAGUUCCGCACAAACUAUCGCAACAGGUUCCACUGUGGAAUACGGAGGAUGUCCGAGAAUGGGUCAAGCAGAUAGGGUUCUCCGAAUACGAGCAGCAUUUCUUCGAUUCGAAGGUCGAUGGAGACUUGCUGCUACAGCUGGCAGAAGAGAACCUACAGGUAGACAUCGGUAUGACCAAUGGUAUUCGAAGAAAACGGUUCGAACGCGAACUUCAAAACUUGAAGCGAAUGGCCGACUAUAGCUCACGGGAUCCAGACAAUAUACACUCGUUUUUGUACAAAAUAGCACCCGAGUAUACCAUCUACACUUACUCCAUGUUGAACGCUGGAGUAGAUUUGGAAUCGAUUAAAAACCUAGACGAUGACCAACUGGUGGCGGAAUGUGGAAUCCGGAAUUCUAUCCAUAGGGCGCGCAUUCUAGGUGCAAUCAAGAGCAACGAAACAAUUUCAUCCUUAACGUCGGAGAAGAACACGGAGAAAAAUCUCGACGUUUUCGUAAGCUACCGACGAAGCAACGGAUCGCAGUUGGCCAGUUUGCUCAAAGUUCAUCUCGAGCUGCGUGGCUUUUCAGUGUUUAUCGAUGUGGAACGACUCGAGGCAGGCAAAUUUGAUAACAACCUCCUUCAAAGUAUUCGCCACGCGAAGCACUUCUUACUAGUGCUGACUCAAGAUGCGCUGGAACGUUGCGUUGACGAUGUCGAUGGCAAAGACUGGGUGCACAGGGAAAUCGUUGCUGCACUUAACUCUGACUGCAAUAUUAUUCCCAUCAUCGACAACUUCCAAUGGCCGGAACCGGAACGUCUACCAGAGGAUAUGCGCGGUGUGUGUCAUUUCAAUGGAGUCCGAUGGAUUCACGACUACCAGGACGCGUGCGUGGACAAACUAGAAAGGUUCAUGCGCGCCGAAACCAACACCCGCGGAACCUCGGCAGAUCACUUUCGCUAUCUGCUGAAUCGCCCGGCCGGUGAUUCAACACCCACCACACCCAUCAUCUACCAGCGCAUGCACAGCAACGAUUCCGGCAAGAGCAGCGAUAAGGACAACCGAAAUUACGAAUGACUAGA